AUGUCUGCCCAGCAACCAGGGCAACGGUUCCCAUAUGCUGACGGUAUGCACUCCUGGAGUGUAGUUUACGGGGAGGGGUUUGACUACGCCACACAAAGGCCAUCCUCAACGAGUGGUUCUAAAGGAGAUUUACUGAUCGGAGGCGGCUUCUUGCGAUCGCUAAAGCAAGGUAUCGAUCAAGUCGGUCUGUACGAUGAUGGCUCUUCGCUCGACCCUUUGACCAUCGCACACGUUGCAGGUGUCUUUCCAACGACUUUUCAUCCAAAAUGGGGCGCUGGUGCCGAGUUAAAGCAAACCUGGACUGGUAUCAUCGGUCUGACUGGAGAUUUUAUUCCACUAGUGGGCUGCUUGGAUACCAAAUUGACAGGGCGAGACACUAAAGAACAAAAGCGGAUGUCAGGUGACGAUGACCAGUGUGGAGAGUGGAUUGUGGCAGGUUUCUCCGGAGAAGGUAUGGUGUGGGCCUGGCUCUCAGGAGCUGCUCUUGGUAUCAUGAUUGCCGGAAGUGAAGAUGAGGUGUUACCCAAGGUUCCGGGAAGUCCAGGUGGAAAAUUGACGGACUGGUUUCCAAAAGAACUCUUGGUGUCACAUGAGAGAAUACGCAGUGCUGAUAUCAGUAAUUUGGCUACUUAG